AUGGCUAAAAGAAAAAUUAUUCAGAAAAAUACGCUUAUUGCAACCCAACUAAGAGAUGUUUUAGACCAUUAUAACCAAUUCGUUCGCUCGCUUCAUAUCAAAGAAUCUCAUUCUCUCAACACUCGUCUAAUUACUCGCCAGUUAAUUAAAAAGUUAAUUAUAGUAGGAAUAGGGGCUUUUUUUACCACUGCCGCCUUUUAUUUUUUAAUGGACCCUCUUCGUAUUUAUAAUCCGGGCUUGAAUGGUCUCUUGAAAAAAAUAACUCAAUGCUUAGUUGGAACUGAAUCGGUGGGAACUCUCAAUUUUUACUUGGUUUAUUAUGGGAUAAAUUUGGUUCUUAAUUCGAUGAUUGUUUAUAGUCUUUGGAAACGGCAUCAGGCUAAUUUAGAAAUCAUUGACACACAAUGGUGGCCUUUGACUUUACCGCUUUAUUUGGUCGUUAGCCUGGUGGCGGCUGCCGCUCACGUUCAAGGUUACAGUCUUAUUUUCCAAGUUCAAGCAGCCCCAAGCGGAUUUGAAACU